AUGGCCGUGAUGCAGCAAAACGUCUCAGCCGCCUUGGUGAUGAUGGCGUGUGGUGCUGCUCCCAUUUGGCUACAUGAUGCCGUACGCGUAGGCGCGGGGGUGGAGCGGUGGUGUUCGACAGUUCCGAAGAGGGCCCCCCCCUUUAGGCUGGGCUAG